AUGCUUAGUAGUGAUUUGCAAGUGAAUUCAGCGCUGUUUCAUUGGAUUGUAUUUUCCGAUUCAAGUUUAAGAGGACUUUAUAAAAGAAGAUUUGUUGAUAAAAAUUUCAAACUGACAACAAAAUGGAAGACCAAGAAGCGCAAGUGCAAGCUCAUAAGCUUCUUGGACAGAAAACUCAGAUACCCCAGCGGUACGACAAUGCAUACACAAGAGCUGUUCGAUCUUGUUGUAUUAUACCCCAGCGUUACAUUCUCGGCGUGA